AUGAGUCCUCACAAGAUCGAUGCCCUCCCUUCGGCAGCGGCGCUCGCUUCCUAUGGAAUCUCCGAGAAUGGAUUCCUCCCGGCAGAGUAUCCUUUGCUUCGCUUACCUCAUGCGUACUACGAGCCCUGGGAAAGUAUCGUAGAUCGAUUACCGGACCUGCUCGAAGCGAGAGAAGUACGCCAGCGAAUAGAUGCUCUGUCGGUCCUCGAUACAUCGCACCUUUCUAGUGAUGAGGAAUGGCGACGAGCGUAUUCAAUUCUGGCCGUUUUAGCCCAGGCGUAUAUUUGGCAAGGCCCUGAGCCGUCAGAGGUAUUGUUCCUCCGAGCUGUGCGGUACCUCGUGCGCUAACGUCCUAUCAGAGUCUUCCUCCUCAAAUCUCAGUAGCAUUUCUUGACGCAGCUGAAAGAUUAGAGGUGCACCCGGUUGCUACUUAUGCGGCCUUGAAUCUUUGGAAUUGGCGGCCAAUCGAGCAUGGCAUUGAUCUGUGUCAACCGCAGAACAUGGUGGCACUCUUGACGCAGACCGGUACUGACGACGAGUCGUGGUUCUUCAUUGUGUCAAACGCCAUGGAGGCAAGAGCAGGACCGAUAAUCAUCAAAAUGCUGGCGGCCAUGGAAGCGGUUGAAUGGGACGAGCCAUCGAGGGUUAUCGACAGCCUCGAAUACUUCCAGCAAAGCAUUGACGACAUCGGUCGCCUUCUGGAGCGGAUGGAUGAACGAUGCAGACCGCAGACGUUCUAUCACCACAUUCGGCCAUUCCUCGCUGGUAGCUUGAAUAUGGAAGCGGCUGGACUUCCGAAUGGUGUCUUCUAUGACGAAGGGAACGGAAAAGGUUCCUGGAGAAAGUACCGAGGUGGCAGCAAUGGACAGAGCUCCCUACUCCAGUUCUUCGAUGCCGUUCUUGGGGUCAACCAUGCCAGAUGCAAUGGUUUCCACGCAGAGAUGCGGGACUAUAUGCCUGGACCACACAAGAGGUUCUUGGACGACAUCGAGGCCAUUGCGAACAUCCGAAAUUACGUUGAUAGCCACCAAGAGAACAUCGAGCUCCUGGCUGCAUACAAUGCUGCAGUUUCAAAGCUCAGUGGCUUCCGGGACAAGCACAUCGCUCUUGUUUCCAGGUACAUCAUCGUUCCCAGCAGAAUGGGCAACGUAUCACAGGCUACCGGUCGCAAAGAUCUUGCUUCUUCCACAUCAAAGCUGGCCUCUGAAGCGCCCUCAAGCCAAGAACUUGUUGGAACUGGUGGUACGAAGCUCAUUCCAUUUUUGAGAACUUCCAGAGAUGAGACCAGUGAAGCAGUCGUUGCAAGAUGA